AUGUUGCCUCAGUUAGGUGAAGAACAAGAAGUUGAACAGGUUGUCAAAUUCACUGAGCAGGGUGAAGCAACCCGUUAUGGAAAUUUUAAAGGUUAUUAUGGUUAUCGUGAUCCAUCACAAGAUAAUCGUUUGACUUGUAUGGAAUCGCAAUGGUUUAACCAGAAAGAUGUUCUCGACAUAGGCUGUCAUAGUGGUCAUGUGACGUUUUUUAUUGCUGAAAACUUUAAUCCAAAAACAAUUCUUGGAGUUGACAUUGACCAACAACUAAUACAUCGUGCACGACAACGUUUAUUGAAUAAAAUAAAAAAUUACAAACGAACUAAAACUACCAGUGAGCCACACAUGCAAUUUCCAUUGAAUAUGCGUUUUCAACAGGCCAACUUUGUACUGGAAAAUGAUGACGAUCUAAAUUAUAUUACUGAAGAAUAUGAGACAAUCAUUGCGUUUAGCGUAACAAAAUGGAUUCAUUUAAAUUUUGGAGAUGAUGGUAUUAAACGAUUUUUCAAACGUAUCUAUCGUGCAUUGAGACCAGGUGGAAUUUUGUUGUUAGAACCGCAACAGUGGCAGAGUUACCGAAUAAAACGUAAAAUGACGAAACAAGUCUGGGACAAUUAUCGUCGUAUUGAAUUUAAACCAACACAGUUUUUGUCUUAUUUAUUAUCGAGUGAAGUGGGUUUUCAAACGUGUCAUACAGUUGCCACGCCAUCCAACAAGCAUAAAGGUUUUGAACGUUCAAUUUUCAUGUUAAUCAAAGCAAAUUCUAUCGAUACGCUUACAUAUCUCGAUACUUUAUCAGAUCAACAGCCAACAAAUUUGCCACCUUCCAUAUCCUCAUUUUGUUGUUUUGACGAUGAUUUGGACAAGAUAAGCACAGCUGAAAAGAUUGAUAGUAGUUCGCUUGCUGCUAAUGCUGACCAAGUAGCUUCACUAAUGUAUACGGAUCUUUCAACGCUUAAUCAGGUCCAAGCAGUCCAGAAGACCGAAUAA